CAUAUUUAAAGGCUGAAUGCCACCGGGGUGAGCUGACAUCGUGAAUAGAUAAUAAAAUUACUGAUCCAGGUGAGAGGAAUAAGAUGGAUCAUUUGGGAAGGAAAUUCUCUGCUUUCUAUUGCCUCCUUCUCCUUUGUCUUCUCAAAGGUUGUACCUGUCAAUACCACACAACAGUAACGGUGGGAGCAGACGUUUCUCUAACAUGCAACUAUAAUAUUUGGGAACACGGCAGGCUGCCCUUUUGCUGGGCCAGAGGAUCUACAUCUGCAUUUGGCUGUAACAAUCAGGUGUUGAAGUCAGACGGGACCUGGGUGAACUACAGGCUGUCGUGGCGUUAUGUUCUCAGGGGUAAUCUUGAUUAUGGGGAUGCCUCACUCACCAUCACACAGGUUCAGGAGGGUGACUCGGGCAAAUAUAUCUGUCGAGUGGAAAUACCAGGCUGGUUCAACGACCAGGAAGUUGAGACUACUCUCUAUGUUGUGCCAGGACGCCCCUCUCCACCACAGGUGGGACUCACAGAGCUGAACCAAAGAUCUGCCACAGUUGGUUGGAGCCCUCCAUUUGAUGGCGGCAGAUACAUUUCAGUUUAUCUGAUUGAUUUUAAACGCAGCGAUGCGUCCUGGAGUGUCGCUGCAAGAACUCAGGAUUUCAAGACUCAGGUGACUUUGGUUGAUUUACGUCCUGCCACUACCUACGACCUCUGUGUGUUUGCUGUUAACAGUGUGGGGGCCAGUGAUGCCAGCAAUGUUCUGACAUUUACGACACAGGAAGCAGCGCCUGAGGGCCCACCACUUGAUCUGCAACUUCAGGCUGUGAGCACUCGGAGUAUCAGAGUGACCUGGAAGCCUCCACAGGUUGAACUCAGAAACGGCGUUCUGCGCAGUUACACCAUCAGCUAUAGAGAUUAUGACGCACCGGUUCAGAAAUGGUCGCACCUAACAAAGACGGCUACAGGUGAUCAGGAGAGCGUCCUGCUCACCGAUCUGCAGCCUUCGUCCAGGUACGAUGUACUGAUUCAGGCCUGGACAAACGCAGGAGAAGGACCUGCUGCGACCGCACCUCUCUGCUCUACUCUGGGUGAAGCAACUACCGGUACAACCACUUCCACUACUGCUACAACCACAGCAACACACACAAGCCUCUCUGUGGUACUUCCGGAUCCACCUAUAAUUGGGUUGCGAAAGGUGAUAAACUACACCAUUUUAAUUUUCUGGACCCCUGGUUUUGAAGGCGACAGCCCCAUUUCCGGUUUCUACCUGGAGUACAAAGCACAAAAUGCCUCAUGGGAUAACACAGAAACUGUCAUCGAUUUUGACGCCAAUGAGACAGAGGCCACGUUGAUAGAGUUUAAUCCUUCAACAUACGACAUUCGAAUGUUUGCUAAAAACAGUCUGGGAACCAGUAAAGCCAGCAAUGUUCUCACCGUGACCAAUGAAGAAGGAGGUCUUGGUUUCUCAUCCUCCUCGGCUGGUUGUGUUUCACUGUAUGCUCCAAAAACACCGCGGGACAUAAUGUUGAUGUUUUUAGGAUGUCUGUGGUUCUUUUGGCAAACAUCAGAAUUCAACCUUUGCUUGGCAUGACAGAUAAAACAAUAGUAAUGAAAUUCAUCUUAAAUGCACCUUAAAGAAACAGCUUAUCAUCUUUGAACAAGUGGUGACGCCACAUGUGCAGUGGAAUCUACUUGUGAUCUUAUUACAUGCAGGAGUCUACUUCAAAUUUUGGCAGAUUUUCACUGUUGCUACAAUAACCUCACUGUCAAAGAUUAUUGAUAAUUUAUUCUGUUUAAUUUUGUUUUAUUUUCUUGACUGAACAUUUUAUUAAAAAAAACUCAUUUUCUUUCUAAACAUCGUUAAGCACCUUUAAACAUAAUGUGUUGGUCUACUGUAUUACAUGAAAAUCCCAA